AUGAUUAACGACGCCGACGAUCUGGUUGCAGUACUUAAGAGCGCGCGAGCAGCCCUCUGCCAGAGGCGCUCCCCUUUGAGAAAGACGUCUAAAGUGUUGGAGACCCGGCAGGACGCAAGGAGCUCUUGCGCGACCAGUACUAUGCAGUUGGGUUAUCCUGAGGCACAUCGAACAAAGAUCCAAAUUCCACCGAUCAAAUUACCCGAGUUUGAUGGGGACUUUAAGGACUUACAAUCACUUCAGCCGGUCAAUCGUACGAGAGAUAUCAGUGAAGCGAUUAACAAUAUCGAACGUGUCCUCAGACAACUGGAAGCGCUAGGUGAAAACAUAGAAGGUUCUUACUUUGGAACUAUGAUAGAAGAUAAAUUACCCAUGUGGAAGACAGAAAAAUUGGAGGAGCCUAAGGAAAACAAAAAAGACUGGACAGUCGACGACCUACGACAAGAGUUUGAAGUUAGCAACAUCAAGAAUCCAGGAAAGCACGAGCGAGUACUUAUGUUCUUCGAUCCGGGCAGCCAGCGUUUAUAUAUCAGCGAAGAGUUAGCGCAAAGACUGGAAAUAGCCCUAUCACGGUCUUCCUCGUUGAGAAUAGGUAGUUCUGCUGCGAGAGCUCCAAAGAAAGUAGAAACAAGUCGAGUUUUUGCCGGGAUUUUAUUUAUUGCUGACCUUAGUCGGCCCGGUAUUGACAGGAAAGGGCUACAGGACUACAGAGGAAGCCUUAGGGAUGAACAGCAGCAAUUUUCAGUAACAGAUGUAAGUGAAUUUUGGCGGUUAAAAACAAUAGGUAUUUCUGACUCAUCGGCAGAUAAUGAUAGCGACUUAGCACAAUUUAAUCAAUUGCUAAAAAGAGACAGUUUACGCCGCUACAUUGAAGCUGUCUUAGGAAAUUGA